ACUUGGAAUAACACAUUUGCUCCAUGUGACUGGUUUGUCGGAGAUGUUGAGGGUACGUUACUUAUAUCAUUUUACGGCAUCCAAUGGAUAUAAAACACUAUUGGGCAACAAAGAAAUGGCUGCUGUGUAUGAGGAAGCUCUGAAAUUCAAAAUUAGAGAUGACGAUGUUUUUAUUGCUACUUAUCCAAAAUCAGGUACAACAUGGAUGCAGCAAAUUGUUUGGUUAAUAUGCAACAACGCUGAUACCAACGUUGAUAAGGACAAGCCACUUUCGAGUCGAAUUCCUUUUCUUGAAACAGUAGAUAUGACCGACAAGGUGUUAUUGGGAAUACAAACGCUGGAAAAAUGGCAAAAGAAUAAGCAAAGGCUAAUAAAGACUCAUCUCCCUUACGGACUCCUGCCUCAAGAUAUUCAAUCGGGUAACAAAUGCAAGAUAAUUUAUGUCGCCCGGAAUGCGAAAGAUGUUUGCGUUUCUUUUUACUUCUUUCACGUCAUGAAUAUGCUACUACCGCACCCAGGAACCUGGAGUGAAUUUUUAAAAAAUUAUUGCUCUGGAAAUAUCAGGUUUGGAAGCUGGUUUCCUCAUGUUCUCAAAUACUGGGAGAAGUUUCAGACAGACAAAGAUCGCAUUUACUUUACUACGUACGAAGCUAUGAAGAAGGACACGAAAAAGGGAAUAGUUGCUGUAGCCAACUUUCUUGGAAAGAAACUAACAAAUGAACAAAUAGAUAUCAUAUUCAAUCUUUGCACAUUCGACAGUAUGAGCAAAGACAAAAGUACAAAUUACUCACAUGGUAAAAAUUUGGGAAUGAAUUUUAAAAAGUCAAAGUUCAUGAGAAAAGGCGAAGUUGGUGAUUGGAAGAACUAUUUCACAGUAAAUGAAAAUGCAGCUUUCGAUGAAUUAUACGCAGAAAAAAUAAAAGCUAGUGGACUUGACAUUCCUUUCGAGUUGUGAUUUAAGAAUUGAAUUUAAAUUUUUGAAUACAUCAAUUGCUGAUUUCUUUAUCAUACUAAAUAUCAGAUAUAAUAGAUCAUUCACAUAUUAAAACAUAAAACAAUAUUAGGUUCCAAAUUAUUUAUUUAUAUAUCCAUAUAAUAUUCAAACUUAUAUUAUCUGAUAUUUCAAAGUUUUCGAAAUUUUAUUGACAUACUUUUGCAUUUGAUAUUGAUUGUUUCAAAUAUUUGAUUUAUAUGCUAACCUGCAUUAUCACUAUUACUCUUCUGUAAACAUUUACAAAUCCAACCAUGCGAAUAUGUACUGUCAAAUUAAAUUAGCGAACUUCUGUGUAGGUUGAAAUGUUUUUUUUUUAUAUUCACUGUAAAGAAUAAAUGUGAUUUUGCAGUUGUUGGUAAUUGAUUUGAGUAAGGUAGC